AUGAAGAAGAAGAAGAUGGAAUAUUACAUAAAGAAACUAGCCAAGAAGCUUGUAAGGGUGAAUACGGUCCUUGGUGGUGGUGGGGGUGGUGGAGAUGCUCGCGAAGAUGAUGGUGCCGACGCUGCAGCUGCUUCCCAUUUGCUGCUAGAAUAUUGUUUGGUGGAGUCGACGACGACGGCGACAUCUCCUUCCGCCGCCGAGGCCACAACGCCGCCUGGAUUUCUGGCGAUGUAUGUUGGGGAGGAGCGGCGGCGAUUCGUGGUGCCGACAGAGUUUCUGUCUCACCCCCUAUUCAUAAUGCUGUUGGAGAAGGCCCGUGACGAGUUUGGAUUCCCCCAGGGGACUGCCCUCGUGCUUCCCUGCACCGUCUCUGCUUUCCAAGAGGUGGUCGCCGCCGUCCAAAGCUGCCGCGGCCACUUUGACCUCCGUAAAUUAAUUGAAGAACAACUGGUUUGA